AUCGUCGACGCGUCGUACGUGCCAGCAUUUCACUCGAUGCAAUGAUUUCUCUCCAUGGCCGGACAAGAGCCGCGCUGUAUCUGGCUAGUGUCGAUGCAAAGAUAACUGGACAGCAUCUUGAACGACCUGCUGGAUGGCUCUUGUCGUUGGCUCUUCUCAUAUGCUGCAUCACUUUGUCGUCGACCAUCGUCUGCGCACGAAUGCCGUCUAGCAAAGAACAGCGCUUGGCAAUGACUUUAGUAGACGGCGGUCCGUUCGCAGCGGUUCAAGGUACGAGAGCUAAUGUCUAGGUGUUCUGACUUUUUCUUCCCUUACGUGGAUGUACGCAGCAACUCAAAGCUUCUACCGACUAGCCUUUGCUCUACCCAUCCAGGAUUUGCGAAUUCUUUGCCUGAGUAAAUCUUUGGUCUGCGACACUUUACUGGUCCUCGCUUUCUUCGUCUUUCUCUUGAUCACUCUGGAGAAUGCGCGGCAGAUCAAUCACCCUGGCGUUAAACGC